AUGACAUCCAUUCCCAACCUCAGCGGCUCCAUCGUUGCCGCUAAUAAUCAGAACAUCGCCGGGCUCGUCAACAUCAACCUAGACGUUUCUCUAGUACGGUGCAAUCCCCCAGUCGAAUUCUUGCCGGUUGGCCCGGCGUUGUCGCUCCAGCGUCGUAAACAAGCAGAAGGUGGGCAACAGCACAAGUUGGCUUGUAGAUUAGGGUUCCUAUUCAACGACAUCGUACCAGAGACGCCAAAAUUGAUUAAAGCGUUCGGUACUCGAGUCUCUGAUACCCUUCGCCGACCUGGAGUGAACCCUCAAGGCACCGACGAAAAUGGUCCAUUCCGAGACUUCGUUGGUGCCGAUGGGACCUCACUUUGGGCUGCGGCCACUUCCAAUUCAGCAUCAUUAAGCGUUUACCUACUCGCAUGCAUGCUUGCGAGGGCCUGGGACUCUAAACAAGCCACAGCAAUUUGGGUCGAGCUCGUGCACGACAGAAAACGUCAGGUUGAGGCCCGGCUGGAGCAGAAUUUGAUUGUGAAUCCCUAUACCCAAUUGGCGGUAUUGCAAGAGUUCAAGCGAUCAGAUCUGGCAAGAUGGGACGCAAGUGCAAGAUCCUGGCUACGAAGAGCCGAUCACUACACAGUGUCCCAACAUACGCAGUUCAAGCUUACCAUCAACAAUAUUCAACUUCCCUUCUUGGACUCUGGGAAGACAUUUGACAAGGUCACCCAAGCAUGGAUUCGGUCGAUGAAGGUCUUGGAGGCUUUGCUGGGAAAUGAGCCGCAGGUGGCCUUCGAUCGUUCCGUGCUGCUCGCAAUUUCCUCAUGGCACUUGUACCCAAAUCUUCAGGUCUUCCAGGAGGAAGCUACCAGCGUUUCAUUCUCCGAUGAAUUAUUCCCCGCUUUGGGAGUGCUCAGUCUUGGAUUCGGAUAUCGCGCUCCGAGGAGAGACGUACAAGACAAAGAAGCCCAUGACACAGGUCUAGGCAUUGCGACUCGAUGGUCUCUAGCACUGUCUCACCUGAGGUAUUACGGGAGUGCAUUCCAGAUCAUGAGCGACGAGUUUCAAGGCGAACGAGCCAGUGUCGACGAGAUAUGGCUGACUUGCCUAGGAGCAAUUCUCCGUCAGUGGGAGGUCACAUUUUCGAAUCUCGAGCCCUCUGUCCAAUGGUUCCAAAAGAUUGGAGAUCUCUUACAAGCAAGCGAAGAAACUGAAAAGACAGCCCUAUCGUGGUUGUCUAAACUUUGUCAAGCAGCUGGUACGAUUUCGAGCCAAAGCCCUAACAAGCGCCAGGAUAAAAUGAGGUUCGUUAGCCUCGGUUGGAGGAAAGACACAAACCUCCUUGGACACCAGAAGGUGCUACGCCCGCCGUUUUUUGGCCUUUGUAACCCAGAUGUCCUACAAUCCCUCAAGAAAAAGGAUGGCACGGAGAUAGGCCUCGAGCUUUUCCGCAGUGUAGCUCAGCGACUUAAUUUGGCGCCUGAAGAUGCAAUUAUAUGCAGGAGCACAGACGACGGAGACUUUAACGUAACUCACGAAUGGGCCACAAUUAGCCCAGUGCAGGCUGGCUUGGAUGACCCGAGCCAGCUCGAGGAAGGUGGAUCAGAGCUUCUGCAGAAUGUGCGAUGGAUUUAUGCUGAAGACCGCGAAGGACGAACAACUCGAAGGGACGAGCAACAAUAUCGCCAAGCUAGCAUACAACAGCUAGGCGAACGCUGCCAUGUCGUAUACGACCAAGGACACAUCCCGCGCAAGAAGGGUUUCAACGCAUCCCGCAACCCAAUAGCCUUUGAGUCCGUCUCCAAAGGCGUUUACGAGUGGGAAACCCCGCCGUUGCUGUUCGCUGAAAAUGCGCAAUCCGUUGAAUUUGUCCAGCUACAAUUCAUUCCUAUACCCAAUUGGUCAGUCGGCUUCGGUCUGUUUGUGCGAAAGGAAGUCUAUGAGCACAGAUUCGAUGAUCUCAAGUCGCAAAUGUCUCGCGCUGCUAUGGCCGUAGACGUUCAGACAAGCUUAAAGUGGCUGGAGAUAGAGGGCCACGGGUUCGACGUCGUCGGAUUUUUAAUGACCUUUCUCCAGGGCCAGCCCAAUACAUUCCUACGCCGUCGCAAACGGCUGGCAGGGAAGAAAAGAAAGAGGUCGUCCGACAUCGAUGCUGACGCUGAAAGCCACCAUGCAGGCUUAGUCGACAGCGACAGCGGCAGAAUAAUAGGUUCUUAUUAUACAGUCGGUGAAUAUAGAGAGCUAUCCAUUGAAUGGAUCCUGAGUCUUCGAGCGUUGGAGAUAGUAUCUGUUCUCUACAACCAGCUUCCUGACGCCACCAUCUCUCUGCGCCUGGUCAAUCAGGAGCUCUUCAAGGCCAAAUGGUUCCCACGACAAUCCUCGGCACUGGAAGACUCGUUCACCAAGGUGCUCAACACUUCUGUGCAAAAGCUGUGCGAUGAAAUGACGCGAGCGCAUUCCUUUGCAUGCAUUGCGAUGACGGAGUCUGGACAAUUCAACAUUGAUAUUGAACACACGGAAGCAGUCGUCGCGCUUUGUUCUGAUAAUUCCAUCUUUGUUGCAGGAAUACUAUUGUCCGACCCUACGACUGCUAAUGUCGGCAUGAACAUUCGACAUUUAAUAGGCAACGUUGGCCAUGCCGGGAUGGUUCUGAUGAUUUCGCCGAAUGAGCCUUCGAUGCGAGCUCCAACGCACAAUGCCCCCACAAUCGAUCACAGAUCAUACGAUGGGAAGCGUACAGACAGCUUCGAAGGAACAUCGCUUCAUCUAUCUUUCACUAAGUGGGAGAUGCCUCUUGAAUGGGGUAGUACCGGCGACAUUGAUCAACAGAUUUUCCUUCUCGAGUCCGUCCUCUCUGUUAAAGACGAAGGUCAAUGGGUCGCCGACUUGGAUGUUUUGGAUUUGGAGAGAGAUGGUGUUGAAAUAUUGCAGUUCACUUGUGAUUGUGACCGCAGCGAGCUGCCCGCAGACAAGGACAUUGCAUCGUUGGACUCUUGGGAGCACCUUCUCAACACCCCGCCUUCCGUUGGAGUCAUACGGGCGAGGGACAACUGGGUAGCUAGACUCUGUGCUACCGCAGUUCUGAUUCGCAAAGGCCAAGCUCACUGUGUUGUGGUUACGGCUGACGAGCCUAUUUGUUGGGGCUGUAUGGCGGAGCACUACGCGUACCCUGAGUCGCAUCUACCACAGUUCAUCAUAAAUUGA